AUGCAUCUUUCAUCACAGAAACUCCAGCUCCGCCCUAAACUUACCGCCGUUCUACAGCACUCAAGCAAGAAUUCCAUUUCCAAGACCCCUGAAGCUUCAACAUCAACGAAGCCAGCUAGCAGUAUCAACAUCAAAGACAAGCGCAACAUCAAGAUUGGCAUCGUCGCCCUCCGUACCGUCAGCAAAUGGACCGAUAAAGCUGCACUGACGCUCGAGAAGCUCGAAGGUCAAGAGGCAUCGAAGCACUGCCAAGACCGCCAGGCGCGCUUGCUCGCAGAAGAUGGCAGUAAAGGGUACGGAAAGCAAGUCCAAUAUACUGGGGUAUGGAGAGAGACUGUGGUAUACCCGGUACCUGCCCAGGUUGGCAGCACUAGGGGGAUCGAAGCACACGAACAGCCCAGAGUGUACGGAGCAGCAGCGCUUUCCAGUAAGGGAGAAAGUCAGAUUCCGGCCACCACUGUGGAGGCACCGCUCGUCCAGACUCAUCAUGCACAUGUCUUGGCUUCCGUUGAGGAGUACUAUGACGAAAGUAGUGAUGACGAGGAGGGUGGCAGUACUUCUAAGCAGAUCGGUAUCAACAGCUCGACACACGUUGACGCAGAUGAAGUUACCGAUGAGGAAGAUACUUCUGAUGAUUCCAGCGAUGAUGAGAAAGAAGAUGACAGCGACAACGAGAAGGAAAGCGACACGGACAGCGAUGACGACUUGGAUAGCGAGGCGCAUGAUAGCUCUGAUGAUGUUGAGGAUUCGGAUGAGGAGGAGAUGGAGGCGAAGCAUCCUACGAUUUUGAAUAGUACGAAGUGA